AUGAGGAGGUCAGCUAGACUAUCUAGCAGAACUAGUCAGCGACCGCAAAACCUCGACGGUGAUAGCAGCGAGGUCAGUUUACCCCCUCCCAAGCGUCGCAAAACGAAAGCAAGCGCAUCUUCUGCAUCUGUGAAAGGCAAACUUGCCGCCCUCUUCGAGCUGCCUCUGGACAUUCUAUACGAGAUCCUAUGCAACACGCACCCUAACGACCUUCUUCAGAUCUCGAGAGCCACGAAAACCCUGCGGCGCACCCUUAUGAGCCGCUCGUCCAUCUGGAUAUGGCAGAGGAGCUACGCCGCCCAUCCGGACCUGCCUACCGUGCCCGAGGACCUAAACAUCCCUCAGUUCAUGUCUUUGGCCGUCGAUAGAUGGUGCCACUCCUGCCACGGGAAGUGCGCCGAUGCGAUCUGCUGGACCGCACGGACGCGGUCGUGUCGGAACUGCUUGCGGAAUACCAAGCACUGGUUCCGGCGAGAGCAGAUGAGGAGCAAACCCGCGCUGCGAAUCAUUGGCGAGAGCAAUCUCAUCUUCCAAAGCGUCAUGAUGUCGCUGUUCCCCUACAUCAGGAUUACAGUACCCAGUCGUCCAUCGGGACAGGUUUACUAUCUCGCGUCGUCCGUGCGCGAUUUCCUGGAAAAGUUCGAUCGCGAUGAUGUGGCCCAUAUGACCGCAGCACAGCGAGACCGAUGGCUGACGCCAACGUAUGGGGAGAUGGAGCGUCUGGCAGAGCACGCGCGAGAAUGCGAGCAGUGGGUUCAGAGGCUCAAAAAACGACAGGGGGGCUGA